CCCUCCAGUGUAUAGCUCUUUGUACAUAUAUUUAUAUAUAUAUGUUAAGUAUAGAUCAUUUUCGUAAGCAAAACUGCUAAAGGUUUCCAGAUUUAAUAAAUUAACAAAAUAAAAUUUCACUCAAUUUAUGCAAGCUUUGUCAAACCGGCACAAACAAAUAUAUGUUCGGCACGGGAGCGUUGGCUCGGCAUCGAUUUUCCGCUCAACAAACACCGAAGCCCGUUUUUUGGAAUUCCUACAAUCUAUAGUUUUUGGAAGACGAUUUAUUUGGUUAAAUAUGGGUGCAUACUUGUCGCAUCCAAAAACGGAUAAAGCGUCUACAGACGAAUUUAAUGAUUUUCUUACCGUUGGUGCCAGCUCAAUGCAGGGCUGGCGGAAUAGUCAAGAGGAUGCACACAACUGCAUUUUAAAUUUUGAUAAAAACACAUCAUUUUUUGCUGUCUAUGAUGGACAUGGCGGAGCUGAAGUAGCUCAGUACUGUGCCGACAAGUUGCCAGAGUUCCUGAAAAACCAAGAAUCCUACAAAAAUGGGAAUCUUGAAAUGGCUCUCAAAAACGCCUUUUUAGGCUUUGAUAAAACUUUGCUUGAACCAUCUAUAGUCGGUAUACUUAAGUUAUUGGCAGGUGAACAUAACUUCGUCGAUGCUGAUGCGGAGGAUUACGAAGAAGAUGAAGAUUUAGCUGAGUUGCAAGAAGAGAGCAAUUUGCCACUAAAUGAAGUUCUAGAGAAAUACAAAGGGCUUCCACAGACACACGAUUUGAUUGUUUUAAAACCGGAGAACGAAUCCAGUUUAAAUAAUCUUUCGCCUUAUUUUCGCGGUCGCCGUGCUGCAGCACUUGCUGCCGAAGCUGCCAAUAAGGCAGUAAUGGAUCCAACAGCUAAGCCGGAAGGUUCUUCCACUUCAGCGGCAGCAGCUGCAUCUGCAGUUUCCGCAAUUUUUGUAAAUGACUGUCCAGGACCUAGCUACAUAGAAAGGGCAAUACAAAAGCCGGAAGUCGAAUCGACUGUAAGCUGUAGCAACACCAAUAGUAUAAAUAAUGCUUCUUUAAAAAAGGAGCCUGUUAAUGAUAAAACUGAAUCAAAUGGGAUAGUUUCUAAACCAGAAGCGGUAACGUCUUCAGAGUCCGUGGUAAAAACAAUGAAUGAUAAAUCACAAGAUUCAGUUAUUUCUGGGUCUAACGAUAUCGGCAAAUUGGAUAGAAAUGGUGGCAUUUCAUCAACCAGCAAAGAAUCUGAAAAAGUAAAAAAGAAAAUGUUUUCCCAAGAAGAUGAGUCAACAGAUGAUGAUGACGAUUACGAAGAAAACGAACUGGUCGACAGUCCGGAUAUUUCAUCUGCCGAAAGCUCUGAAGAAGGCGCUUCCAACUAUGAUGACGACGAUGAGAACGACAAUGGAAACGAGGCUAGUGACGAAGACGACACGGAUGAAGAUCAGGUCGCCAAUGAAAAUUUUUGCGCAAACAUGAUUGAAGAACCUGGCAAAGAUAGUGGAUGUACUGCUGUUGUCUGUUUGUUGCAUGGUCGAGAUUUGUACGUCGCAAAUGCAGGCGACUCUCGCUGUGUUGUGUCCCGAAAUGGUAAAGCUAUUGAAAUGAGUCUUGAUCACAAGCCCGAAGACGACGAGGAAGCCGCGCGCAUAGUAAAGGCAGGUGGUCGUGUCACUCUUGAUGGUCGUGUAAAUGGCGGUUUAAAUUUAUCUCGAGCGCUCGGAGACCACGCCUACAAAACCAAUCUUGAAUUACCGCCUGAGGAACAGAUGAUAUCUGCCUUACCAGAUAUAAAGAAGUUAAUUAUAACGCCAAACGACGAAUUUAUGGUAUUGGCUUGUGAUGGUAUAUGGAACUAUAUGUCUAGUGACGAAGUCGUUCAGUUUGUACGGUUGAAAUUAAAGGAUGGAAACAAGAAAUUGUCAAAAAUUUGUGAAGAGCUCUUUGAUAACUGCUUAGCUCCAAAUACAAUGGGUGACGGGACUGGCUGCGACAAUAUGACUGCUGUGAUUGUCAAAUUUCAGAAAAACUUACAAGAACUUCAUACCACCAUUAAUCCAUCUGAAACAGAAGAUAUGUUGGCAAUCACGUGUAGUGCAUCUAAGAAUUUUUCAGAAGUCGAUGGGCAGAAUGUUCUCAAGCGAUGUUCUUCGCCAGAAACCGCUGCCGAAGUUAAUAAUCUACAAAAAAUGAACAAAUCUAAGCGAUUAAAGACUGAAGAAAAGGUUUUAGGACAAGCAGACAUUGUAGGCAGCACCCAAUCGUCAGCCGGGCCAAAUGAAUGCCCCAGCAUGAAGGCGAGUAACGAAGUCACUACCGUAGUUUCUUCAUCGUAAUUUAUUUGACAUCCGGAAGCGCAGUCUUGAUUUUCAACAUUUGAUAGUAAUCUGCAUUUUAAUCGUAGAAAUAUACAGUCAUAGAGACAAAUACGAGGGCAACGGAUCAACAUUUGAGGAUUUAUUAACUGCAGGUUUAUGCAAAAAACUAUUCAGUUGUACACACACAUAUUUUAUUUAUAUUUAAAGACACAUUUUCAACUGCUACUUAAAAGAUCAAUUUGAGUGAAAUAAAUCAUCUAUAAUUGA